CGUGCCUUCCUUUUCUACGGAGAGAAAAUCCCAUUUAAUUUUAAAGAGAGAGAAAAAAACACAACACACAGAGACAGAAAAAAAAAAAAAAGCAUAGAAAAGGAGGGUUAAGGAAGAAGAAGAAGGAGAAGCCGGACCCAAGCGUCCGCGUUUCAUCUUUCACCUCCUUCCUCCUAACCCUCCCUUAAAUCAUAAUCCCAUAUUCAUAUAUUGCAUUCGAGCUAUUGUUUGUUUUUACGUACACAUGUCGUAGUAGUUCAUGAUUUUGACCUUAAAAUAAUUCUCAUUUUGUUUUCAAGGUAUUUCUACCUCAAGUUUGUCACAUUGUUAGGUUUAUUAUAUUCGAGAUAUUGUCCGUCUUAUAUUCAUCAUAUACGAUAUACGAGAGACAUUGUCUGCUCCUUAGCUUCAUCGUCGUGUUUUGAGGUAUUGUCUGCUUUGACGCUCGACGACAUUGGAUCAUCAUUUCUAUGGGUAACUGCUGCGUUGUGCCUUCCGGUCAAACAAGAAAAGAAAAAAAACAAAAGAAGAAGUGGAAUCCCUACGAGGACGGGUGGGGGAAGAAGCUGGUGGUGCUGACGGAGCCCACGGGCCGGGACAUCGGGCUGCGUUACGACCUGGGCCGGGAGCUGGGCCGAGGUGAGUUCGGGGUAACAUAUCUGUGCCAAGACAGGGAGACGAAGGAGGAGUUAGCAUGCAAGAGCAUUUCAAAGAAGAAGCUUCGAACCGCGAUAGAUAUCGAGGACGUGAGGAGGGAGGUGGAGAUCAUGCGGCUCUUGCCUAAACACCCGAACGUCGUGUCGUUGAAGGACACAUACGAAGAUGACAAUGCCGUUCACCUCGUCAUGGAGCUCUGCGAGGGCGGCGAGCUCUUCGACCGUAUCGUGGCGCGUGGCCACUACACCGAGCGCGCCGCCGCCACCGUCACCAGAACCAUUGUCGAAGUCGUGCAGAUGUGCCACAAACAUGGCGUGAUGCAUCGUGAUCUCAAACCUGAGAACUUUUUGUUUGGAAACAAGAAGGAAACAGCACCUUUGAAAGCUAUUGACUUUGGAUUGUCGGUUUUAUUCAAACCAGGUGAAAGAUUUAACGAGAUAGUUGGAAGUCCAUAUUACAUGGCUCCUGAGGUAUUAAAGCGUAAUUAUGGCCCUGAAGUAGAUAUCUGGAGUGCUGGAGUAAUUCUCUACAUCUUACUUUGUGGCGUCCCACCGUUUUGGGCAGAAACUGAAAAGGGAGUUGCUCAAGCUAUUAUUCGAUCUGUUGUUGAUUUUAAAAGGGAGCCAUGGCCGAAGGUUUCUGAUAAUGCAAAAGACCUUGUGAAGAAGAUGCUUGAUCCUGACCCAAAGUGCCGUCUUACUGCACAAGAAGUGUUAGAUCAUCCGUGGUUACAGAAUGAAAAGAAAGCCCCUAAUGUUUCAUUGGGAGAAACUGUUAGAUCAAGGCUCAUGCAAUUUUCUGUAAUGAACAAGCUUAAGAAAAGAGCUUUGAGGGUGAUUGGAGAGUUUUUGUCUUUAGAAGAAGCUGCUGGAAUAAAAGAGGGAUUCCAGCUAAUGGAUACAAGCAAUAAAGGCAAGAUUAACAUGGAUGAGCUGCGAGUAGGGUUGCAUAAACUAGGUCACCAAAUUCCUGAUGGGGAUGUCCAAAUACUUAUGGAUGCUGGUGAUGUAGACAACGAUGGGUACCUAGAUUAUGGCGAGUUUGUAGCCAUUUCUAUUCAUCUGAGAAAGAUAGACAAGGAUGAGCACCUUCACAAAGCCUUCCAAUUUUUCGAUAAGAACCAAAGUGGAUAUAUUGAAAUUGAGGAGUUACAUAAUGCCUUAGUUGAUGAGAUUGAAACAAACAGUGAAGAAGUCAUUAAUGCAAUUAUGCAUGAUGUGGACACAGAUAAGGAUGGAAAAAUAAGUUAUGAGGAAUUUGCUGCAAUGAUGAAAGCAGGCACAGAUUGGAGGAAAGCAUCGAGGCAGUAUUCAAGAGAGAGGUUCUCUAGCUUAAGUCAGAAAUUGAUCAAGGACGGAUCUUUGCAAUUGAACAAUGAUGACGGUAGUAGACUUUAUUAGAAGAAAUAAUAACAAAGUUGUUUUACUCGGGCAAAGCCAAAGGAGAAGAGUCAUCAUCCCUUUAUUCUUUUCCCCUUCAUUGUUAUAUUCUUUUCUCUAAUUUUUUCUUAUAUACUUUCGAGGGGUUAGUUAAAUUAAAUAUAGGGUAUAUAUAUAUAUAUGCAUGAGAAGUAAGUAAUGUCUGUGGCUUGCAGAAGUUAAUGGAGAAAGGAGAAGGUGGAGGAUUGGACAAGUCUUCAAUGUGUGACUGUAAAUAUUUUCCAAUAGUCACACUUAUAUUAUAAAUUUA